AUGGCUAUCUGGGACCGCGCCCUGUCCUGGCCCUCGCUCCUGCUCCAGGUGCUGCUGCUGGCACCCUGCUGGGCGGGAGCCCAAUGCACGCGGUGGAGCGGCAAGGGCACCACCCCGCACCUGCGAUCCAUCUUCCUGGGCCGCUGUGGCGAGUACAUCGAUCUGCUGCAGCCCCAGCUGCGGGACAAGAACUGCACGGCCAUGUGGGAGGCCUUCCAACUGGCGCUGAACAAGGACCCCUGCUCCGUGCUGCCCUCCGACUAUGACCGCUUCAUCGAUCUCGCCAGGCACCCCAUUCCCAGAGACAAGGCACUGAUCUGGGAAAAUAACCAGCUCCUUGUAGUGGACUACUCAGAGAAAAGCCGGCGUUACAUGCCUUUGGGCGAUGCUCUGUUCGGCAAGGUUGUGGAUUUUAUGAGCUGGUGUCGGCAGGAAAACGGCUCUGGACUCGAUUACCAAUCCUGCCCUGUAUUAGAGGAUUGUGAAACCAAUGCUAUGGAUUCUUUCUGGAGAAGGGCAUCCACGCAGUAUGCAAAAGAGACUUCUGGGGUGAUCCACGUCAUGCUGAAUGGUUCAGAACCAAAAGGAGCUUAUCCCGCGAAAGGGUUUCUUGCAAAUUAUGAAAUACCCAACCUCCAGAAGGAUAAAGUCACCCGAGUUGAGAUCUGGGUUAUGCAUGACAUCGGGGGACCUUACCUGGAAUCCUGUGGAGAAGGCACUGUGAAAAUCAUGGAAGACAAACUGAAGGAGAUGGGUUUGCAGUACAGAUGUACUAAUGAUUACCUGCCAGUGAAGCUCUUUAUGUGUGUGGACCACACCACGCAUCCUGACUGUGACUUUACUUCGUAA